AUGAACGACCCGGCAUUGGACGGCUUCGUUGCGCGAUAUUACAGAGAAGUGAAGUACAAAAAUGAAUCUUUCAUUGAAAUCGAGGAUCUCACAGCGCUUUUCGAUAAUCCCGCAAUAAUGGAUAUCAAAAUGGGGACUCGGACGUUUUUGGAGUCGGAAGUAAAUAAUGCAACUAAACGAAGCGACUUGUAUCAAAAAAUGAUUGCCCUGAACCCCAAUGAGCCAACAGAGGAAGAGCACAGUGCGAAAGCA